GCAGCAGCAUCUGCGCAGUUCUUAUAGAACACACACCUUGACCCUGACCUUUUAGCUCCAGCUUUCAGACGACGCAAAGGCAAGAUGAAGAAGCAUUUGCUUUUCUGGGGAGUCCUGGCCAUUUUGGUUAAGGCCCUUCUUGUGACAGCCCAAGACGAAGAAGAAAGGAUUGUUCUUGCCAAAAACAAAUGUAAGUGUGCCAGCGUUAGUUCCAGGAUCAUCCCUUCUCCCGAAGAUCCCAGCCAAGACAUUGUGGAGAGAAACAUCAGAAUUAUUGUUCCUGUGAACAACAGGGAGAAUAUCUCUGAUCCCACCUCACCACUGAGAACCAAAUUUGUGUACCACUUGUCCGACAUCUGUAAAAAAUGUGAUUCUACAGAAGUGGAACUGGACAACCAAGUGGUUACUGCCUCCCAGAGCAAUAUCUGUGAGGAAGACGAUGAGGUCUGCUACACUUACGACAGAAACAAGUGCUAUACAAACAGGGUCCCGUUUUCGUACGGUGGUAAGACCAUCAUGGUGGAGACAGCCUUGACCCCCGAGUCCUGCUAUCCUGACUGACUGAAGCCAUUGCCGACCGCACAGCUGCUUAUCUUCAAAGGCUCUCCAUUUUGAUCCAGAAAGUUAAUAUAUUUACUGCCAAUGAAUUUGAAACCACAAUUUUUUGAUAAUGUUAAACUAUCCCCACCCCCAAGUGAUUGAAAUAGUAACAUUGUUAUUUUUAUUAGGUAAUUACUUCUCAGCUCUAAGUAUUGUAUGUUCACAUUCUGAGUGUUGAAAUCUCUUACUUGCCUGAAGGGGUAUAUGUUAAGAAUAUAAUUUCUAACAUUUAAAAAAAUAGACAAGGAGAGAAAGUAAAACUCAAGGUUAAAAAUCAGGAUACAGAAUUAAUUUUUUUUUUUUGCUUUGCCUUGGAGAGCCAGAGCUUUUGCACAUUCCAUGCUAUUGUCUUCAAAGAAAGUAAAACUGUGUAGAGAAAAGUGCUAUGUAAACACAGGUGAUUAUAGGUCUUCAUUAGAAAAUGAUUGGAAAACGUGUUUUAGAAAUACUUACAAAAAUAAAAUUGGAUCCUUUAUAUUUGUGAUACCAGUGAGCUGACAUAAUUAUAUGCAUAAUUGAAAAAUAUGUUUUGACAUAACAGAUUUGGUAGCAGAUGAUACAGAUUUUUUUUUGGAUAAUUUUUUUUUAAUUUUUAUAAUCAGGCCAGUGUAAGAAAUUUCCACUGGAAAUCACCAGUGUUGUAACUGAAUCUAAUGAAGUAUGUGUUCCAAAAUAUGUAUUCUCUAGCACAGUUUGAACAAUUAAAUAGAUCCUUAAGCAUA